AUGAGCGAGUCGAACGGUGGCGGCCGAGUCGUCGUCGAGGGCGGCCGAGUCGUCGUCGAGGGUGGCCGAGCGCUCAGUGGAGGCAAGCAACAAGCCGUAGACGUCUACGAUGACUCUGCCAUUCCAUUAGAUGUGAGUUCAGCACGAAGAGGAAUCAAUCGCGUGUGCAUCCCAUGUAGCCGAUGCUGACGGGCUGUCUGUCCCCGCGUUCUCACUUGCCUCCGUCGUCAACCCGUGCCAGCAGACGAGCCUGGGAUCGCCUGCCUCAGCGUCUUCGGCCUCUCGCGAGUCGCUGGUACCCAUCACGAAAUCACACCUCCUACGUGUAGGCGCGCUUGGGAUCCCUCUUUCGGAUGACGAGGACUUUGCCGACGACGAUGCCGAGCUCGACUCACGCCCCUCGACUCGUUCCGACCUUGGGUCCGUACUCGUCAAUCCGGCCUCGCCUGGGUUGCCACCUCGAGUGACUCCCGAUCAUGGCCACGAAGGGACUAUGAGACUUCAAGAAGUAAACCAUUUGACGUCCGGCUCGGUGUAUAGCGGCAAGGGAGCCAUGAGCGCGAUAGGGAAGGAGCAGGAACGGUUUUCCCAUGCCGGAGCCAAUUCGGCACUGUCCGAAGGAAGCUUCCGGGACAUUGUACGUGAACAGACUACUAAUGGUGUCGACCAGAAUCCGAGCUUGCAGCUCACAUUAUUCCUCCUUCGUAUACAGGUCGACGACUUGACCAUCGAGAGUGCGUCCAAGUGAAAAGUAGGGAGUUGACUUGCUUCGCGACUGACUUCAGUGGCGGUUGGCUGCACAGAUCGGAAACUGAAGGGUCGAUUGCGACGAUUCGAGGCAUCGAGUGUACCUGCAAGUAUGGAACAAGACCGCUUGUUCGAAGUUCGGUUCUUUGACGGUUUCCCUCCGUAAGUGGUGUUACGCGGACCGCUUUCACAACGAGCAACUCGAAAGAUGUGGCUGACAACAUUCCUAAUCCUUUCUGUCUUCUUCACAGUUCGAGACGGCAAGAACUCGAGUCGUUCCUUACACACUAUGUGCAGCAAAUCCAAUCCGAGGAUGGCGAAGAAAUUCAAGGCGGGCCUCCCCCAUUGACGAGCGUCGCGAAACCUUGUCGCGAUCCUCGAGCCGAUCAAGAAUCGGCAACAUUGGGUACCGACACGACCUCUUCGAUCGGUGUGACGCUUCGGUCCCUGCGCUCGUCCGAAAAGGAAGAGCUAAGCAAGCGAUUGAACGUGGGCUGGCCCGAGGAGGGCAGUGGUAGCGGCAGUGGCAGCGGGAGCGCUGACCGUCUUUCGAGGAAGAGCGGUCGACCGCCCUUGUCGACUGAAAACGUCGAACGCGUCAAGUCGGAAUCUGACAUCGCUGUUCCUCCGUCCCUUCCCGCUAACGUCCGCGAAGGCUCUCACGAACGCGCCAUGGUCGUGAACUCCUCGGGCCUGGCACCACUGCAAGGGGAACCAUCGGCCGAAGCUCAGGACGUCGUCCACCCGUACGACGGCGAGCAGAGUUGGCUCGCAGCUCCUUCUUUCUCUGGUAUCGAGCCUCAAUCUGCAAGUGGAACCGGAACGGGGAUGCGCAUCUCGAACCCCCAGCGACGCGAAGCACGCAACAGACCAGCCGCGAAAAUUCCUUUCCCGUCCAUCUCACGGCGACAGUCGCAUUCGGCGAUCGCUGCCGCCAACGCUGCAGAGGAAGUCAAGGGCGAGAGUUCGGCGGAAGAGUCGGAGGAGUCUCCGCCACCGCACAACGUCGGUACUGCAGGCUCAGAUGAUUCCGGCUCGGACGAGAUGACGACAUCACUCACGACGGCCGAGCCUUUGGCCAAGAUCGUGGUCGAACUCGUAGAGCGGCUGUUUGCGGGCGCUUGGUUGAGCUCCCCGAUGGAUGACCCGUCACUCAACCCGCUCCUGUCCGAGCCCUCGCCGCUUCCGCCGACGUCGUCGAGCAAUACACGGUAUCUUCGAACGAUGCUCGACUCGGAGGAGACCAAGCGAGGUGGCGGUUGGGUCUAUCUGAACCUGAUCCUUACCAUGGCGGGAGUCCAUCGACUUAAUCUGAGUAUCGAUUUCCUUCGCUGGUCGCUCAAGCGUCGCAGUCAUCGCAUUGAGGUAAGCAAGGAUGGGAGCAAGGUGCGGUGGCGCGGAGAGGCACGCAAGCGCAACGAGGUCGAAUCGGCCAUUGCCAGCGCCGAGGGUGUCGACGCCAACGAUGCGACGAUGGACGAUGGCGCCGUCGAAGCCGUCGAGCAACGCCGCCAGACCAACAACCUCGUCGUGUCGACAAGCCUGCGCGCCCCGGCGACCGACUCUAAUAUCUAUCUCCCGCGGGAAGCCGACACCGCCUCGUCCGAUAGUUGCCUGCGGCGCGUUGCUGCCCCUGAGGACGACAUGCAGAGCGGCUCGGUGCCCACUACCCUGUCCUCGAUCAAGGAUUCGAAUACGACCUCGAAGAACUCAAACUCGACCGGUGCAACCUCAAUUCCAACCGGUGGUUCCGGCUCGGGCCGGUCCAAGAACGACAGCAACAGUUUGCGCGACGAGUCGGGUCGAUCGACGCGGUCGGGUGUCAGCCGGGCGAGCAUCAGCGGCACGGCGACGAACAGUCUUACCAACAGCCAGCCCUCGGAUGCGCUGCGUAAAGCCUUGCAAAAGGAGCUGUUGGAUGCGAGGGGCGUGCCGGACUAUACGCUGCACGACGGAACCAUUUUCGUGGUCCCUUUGGGUGGCGACGACGACUCCACGGGCACGGAUACAGAAGGCAUUACGCGUCGCAACCCAUCCGUGGCACCUUAUAGGCCGAUGUUCGCCAAACGUCAGUUCGAGGAUGACGAAAGCGAUUACUUUGCCCGAUCCGAUGACGGGUCGUCGAGCGGCCACGGCGAAGAUUCGAUGCUGCACUCGACAGAGGGCGGCGCACAUUCGACGGAGGCAAGAGGCAGAGCACCUGCUCGCAAGCGCAGCAGGCGGCAUGGUGCAUCCGACGGCGGCCUCGUCUUUUUCCGGUCCGACGUCUUCUGUUCGGACCUUGCAGGCAACGCCCAUGUCCGGGAUCGGCUCGAGAGAUCCCCUUCGGCCGACUCGGACGCUGUCGACCGCGCGCGCAUCUCUCGUAGCGAUGGCGAAGACGACGCUGGCGACAACUCUCCGAACGCAUCUCUCUUCGUUUCUACGCCAUCCUCGCCCACGCACGAGUCCGAAACUUCGGGGCAAGUCGUCGAAUUGAGUGACACGACGUCGAAAGCGUUGGUGUGGCCGUCUUGGGAAACCGAGACGUUCUCGCAGAUGGACGUAGAGAGCGAGACGUCGGGACUGCCCUCUCUAUCGCUAUCGGGAAUGACCAACGUCGUUCCUAUGGACCAUUUCACUAUCCGCAUCAAGUCGGAGUUGGUCUGCGAUCCAUCGGUCACUCCUCCCCCUAACCUGCGUCAGCGUCACGCACGCGCGGUCAUCGCUUCCCUUGCCUCGCUCUUGCCGUCAAGGCCAACAAGUAGUGCUCCACCGAAACCUUUGCAUACGACUAGGAUUUUGGAGGAACGCAUUGUGACGCACUUGCCGUCGUCACAGGUGCGGUUCCCGCGCUUAAGGAUGCGUCGCCAAGGUAGUGACUCGGACGACGACUCGUCGGGCGAAGAGGUGUUCUGGCGCCGAGCUUUGGUCGAACCACCUGCGGAUUAUCUGCUGUCGCUUGGGAUCCCGUUCCACGGAUGGGCCCCCGAAACACGUCGUGAUGGCGGUAGUGAGGCCGUGGCUUCCAGCUUUGAUCCGGACAACGAACCCAUCUCACUCGAUUGA